AAGUCACACUAUAAAACGAAGAAGCAGUCCGAUCUCGUAAUCACAUUUUACCGAGAGACUAUACAGCUCGCAUCUUUUUCGGUCAAAUCAAGUGGUAUUCUCGUGUUUACGAAUCAUAUAUUCGACACAUUCUUAUUUCCGAGGAACGAGUCGAAGCUUCGAAACCUCAAGGGUGAAAAGGACACGACAGAGAACGAAAUAAAACAAAACGCAGUCAGCGUUCCAACUCGACGAAUCCAAUAUUUCAUUAAUUCGGGCAUUUACGAAGCGAAUUUUCUCUCGAAAAGUGAAUCAACGAUUGUAACACACGUUAAAAUAAAGGCGAUCGAAGUGCAAGGUGAAAAAUAUUUGCACGAGUGUCACAAGGAUUUUCAAACAAUUCUGAUAAAACUCAACGGUCGAUCGAUUCGGAUCCCCCAUACAGAAGGCUUCGAAGAAAGGAGAAAAAAUGAUCAAAUCGAUAGUCCUGAUUGGGAUAACGAUCAGCGCGAUUGUUGUCGGUAUAAAUGGACGCGCGACAGGAAGCGAAGUUGUUUAUAUGGAGGGUCAAUGUUCAAGCAAUCAAGACUGCAAUGCUGGAGAGUGUUGCGUAUUAGGCGGGAACAGAUACAGCAUCCCUCAAUGUAUGCCACUUUUGGAGAGCGGGGCUAGUUGCAGACCGAGAAACGUACAGCUGAACACGACCCUCGUGUAUCCGGAUGGUAAUCAAAUAACCCUAACGGACGUUUACUUCAUUUUUUGCCCAUGUACGUACGGGCUGAGCUGCGAGGCAAAAGAGGACGCCACGUGUAUCGAUCACACGCAAAAAAGCGGCUUCAAUCAUUUGCUCGAAGAGGAGAGCACGCAGGACGAUUAGUGCAUCGAGUGAGGGGAAAAUUGCCAAAACGUUGUCACCAGUGUUGGUCGGCUCCGAACAAAAGGGGUUCGACCAACAGGAAGGAAGAAUCGGGGAGAAACAAAAGCCAAAUAAUAAGGAGUUAAAAACGAAGGAAAAAUCAUAUUGACCAACGAGACGAGAAGGCACUGUUGAAAAAAUGACUUAAAUUUUAGCAAACUUCGUGGAGCCUUGCUUCUCGUUUGGGUUGUUGUAUAAAGUAGAAUUAUUUAUAAUUGUUUUUCAAAGCAUGAUCUCUACUCGUUUAAUUUAAUUAAUGUAAGCAUGAACAAAAAAACACGUUUUUCCUACCAA